AUGGAGGCGGCGGGCGGUGAGGAGAGGGUCCUUCUCACCCAGAGGCUGAAGGCUGCGGUUCACUACACGGUUGGCUGCCUGUGUCAGGAUGUUGCAGAAAAUAAAGAGGUGCAAUUCAGCAAACAAACCAUUGCAGCUAUUGCAGAGAUCACCUUCAGGCAGUGCGAGAACUUUGCAAAAGACCUCGAAAUGUUUGCAAGGCAUGCAAAACGAAGCACAGUCACUACAGAGGAUGUGAAGCUUUUGGCUAGAAGGAGCAAUUCUUUGCUGAAGUAUAUCACCCAGAAGAGUGAUGAGCUCAUAUCAAGUAACAUGGAACAAAAGGAGAAGAAGAAAAAGAAGUCCAGUGCAGCUAAGGGAGGGAGAACUUCUGGGGAACAAGUCAUUGCGACUGAAAGCGAAGAUUCCAACAUGGCAUGA